AUGGUUUCACUCUGGUUGAGGGGAGCCGCCUUGGUGACUCUUAUCACUGGGACCCUUGCCUGGGAUGCCGAUAGCAUUAGAGCUUCACGAAAGCCCAUUGAAGCAUCCGGCCCGGCGAUCAUCCCAGGAAAAUUCAUUGUCGAGCUUGAACCUGGCACUUCCCUUCAAAGCCGAGACAUUGGCCGCAGGGGUUCUGCUCUCAUCGGCGAGAUCGAGUCUCUUGGUUACGAUGCAAGCGUGGCUGAGGACUUGACCUCGGCGUCUGGUGGUUUCCAGGCUGUUUCUGUCAAGAUCAACAACGAUGGAAACAUGACCCUCGGCGAGCUGAAGGAUGUCCCGGGUGUUGUCGAUGCUUGGCCCGUCUACGCCAUCACUCUUGACGUCGAGUUUGACACCAACAAUGCCAGCCCGCAAUGGAACCCCCAUGAAGUCACCCGAGUUGAUGAGCUUCACAGGAGAGGUAUCAAGGGCAAGGGUCAGCGUGUUUGUGUUGUCGACAGCGGUGCAGAUGCUUCUCACCCUGUCCUCUCUGGCAGAAUUGCCGGCGGCAAGAACAUGCUUGACGAUAGCACCGACAUCCAAGACUGCAACGGCCAUGGUACCUUUGUCUCGUCCGUCAUUGUCGGCCAGAGUAAGGACUUUGUCGGUGUCGCACCUGAGGCAGAGGUGUACAUGUACAAGGUCUUUGGCUGCGAUGGGAGCACGCCCAACGACAUUGUCCUCAAGGGCAUGCUCGCAGCCGAUGCUGAUGACUGCGAUAUCGUUUCGCUGUCCCUCGGCUUGGACAACGGAUACUCUGGCUCGGUCAUGUCUCGCGUCGCCAGCGAGAUUGCUGAGAGGAGGCUAGUGAUCAUUGCGGCUGGCAACUCUGGAGAACAAGGUGUCUUUUACGCCAGCUCCCCUGCUUCCGGCCGAGGUGUCGUCUCUGUUGCAUCUGUCAACUCCAAGAAGGUGCUCGGAUGGCCUGCCACACUGGCCUCCUCAUCUGGCGAGACCCUCGAGCUGCGGUACGUGACUCCAGAUGGGCAGAAGCUCAACGAGUCGACGAGCGUGCCGCUUCAGUUCGACGAGAGCGAUUCCUGCGACCCCACUCUCUACGGCAGCGAAGAUGAAGCCGUUUUGAUUAAGAGAGGCAUUUGUUUCUCAGGAAAGGCGUACAACUACCUGUCCAGCACGGGCUUCGGCUACUUCCUUAUCUUUGACUCGUACAACCAAGGCGUGUUCUACGACUCAGAGAUCACGGUCAGCCCCGAGGUGCACCUCUGGGCCACGAUAGAUGCUUCUGUUGGUGAAUGGGUGAAGAAGCAGGUUGCUUCGGGUCGGAAUAUUACUCUUGAAGUCGAGGCAGACGCAGACGCUGAAGUUUCAGAGCAGGACUAUCCUAGUGCAGGACAAGUCUCUGCUUUCUCUUCCUGGGGUUUGACCUUUGAGAACGACUUUUCCCCCAGCAUUGCGGCGCCUGGAGGAGCUGUCUAUGGCGCGUUUCCCAACAAUGACUACGCUAUUGCUUCGGGAACAUCUUUCUCGACGCCUUACAUGUCUGGUCUGGCGGCGCUGUUCUUUAGCAGCAAGAAGAAGGAUGGAGAGGAGUUCUUCCGUAGAAUUGCCUCCACUGCUGCUCUUCUUCCAUCCUAUGAUGCGGCCAUGGGAGAAGUUGUCAGUGAGAUUGCGUCUCUGGCGCAGCAGGGCGCUGGCCUGGUCGAUGCGGUCAAGCUGAUGGACUAUGAGACUGUUCUUGUGUCCGAGCCACUCAUCGCACUGAACGACACGGACAAUCGCGUCAAGACACAUACCAUCACCCUGCGGAAUACUGGUUCGGAGGCAGUCACGUACCAAGUUUCUCACGUGGCGGCUGCUACGGUGCAGUCGAGGGAUGAGUACUGGUACCCGCUGGUGUAUUACCCUCCUGUUCUUCAAGGCCAAGGAUCCAUUGAGGCACCCGACAGCAUCACCAUCGCAGCGGGCGCAACGCGUGACGUUCAAGUUACCAUCAACCCCCCAGAUGUUGAGUCCGAUAGCGGUGCUUUGUGGAGCGGCAAGAUCGUCUUCCAGGGAUCCAACGACGAGUUUGUCACCGUGCCGUAUAUGGGUGUUGAAGUGUCAACAUACAACUGGACACCCCUCGAAGGUGCCCCCUUGCCCUUCCGCUAUGACUCAAAUGACGGCUACCUCUACCCCAUCAACUGGAAGAACCUGCCGUACAGGCCUGAUGAACUCGAAUCGCCCGAGAUUUACUACGCCCUGCGCUACGGCACAUAUGAGUUCUCCCUUGACCUCGUUGGCGAAGACUGGACCGUCGAUGACUUUGAGUAUCCUUUUAUCGCUGGCGCAUCGUCAAAGGCAUGGUCGGGAUCACUGAGGGGCCAGCCAGAUGUGUUUGGAAACUAUGUGAACUUUCCUAUCACGUUCCCCGUGCGGUUCAGCAACGUUGGCUUCACGAGAUUCCAGAGCUUCUCCAACGGUACGGCUAUUCCAUCAGGAAAGUACAAGAUUCUCAGCAGGGCUCUUCGCAUGUUUGGAAACCCCAACAAGGCCGAGGACUGGCAGCUCUUCCUCUCGGACGCCUUCAGUAUUCAGCUUGGCGAUGAUCCAAUUCCCGGGCAGACCAGCACCAGCGCGACGACAGAGAGUCUUCCCACUUCAACCGUCGCCAGCUUGUCGGAAACAAUUACCCCCAGCACCACAACAUCUGAAGUCACCACGACAUCUGAUGUUGCGGUAGAGACUACUUCCUCAAUCCCCGGAAUCACUACAACUCUGACGGCAAAGUCCACCCCGACCGGAUUGUCGAAUGCCUUUGUCGACGUCUCUCUUGCCCGUCAAGGCACCCAGUCCCGCACCAUGAACGCCCCCGGUGACUGGAUGGAGCUGCACGUCCAGAUCCUGAUACCCAACCGUGUCCCUGCCGAUACCGUCGUCAGCUUUGCCCUCCCAGCUGAGAUUGUGGACGUCGCUGAGAAGGCCUACGUGAUGGAUCAGGGGUCGAACCUAGUGGGAACCUCUAGCUUUGACGAAGAGACUUCCGUUUUCUCGGUCACCUUGAAUGACUGGACGGAGUGGCACAAAAACAUGGUCGGCGACUUUUAUCUCUACUGUCGGUUCAGUGAAGAGCUCCAGGCGGACCUCCAGGCGGGAACGUACUUUAUUGAGAUUGCGACUGUGGGCGAGAAGUUCUACCCUCCUAUUUACUACAGCGCCAUCGAUAGGACAAAGGUUUAUGAGUUCCAGUCGGAAAAGACUAUCGAUGACCGGCCUAUCUAUCAGUUCGACAUCGAGGUCCCUGGUCAGCUUGGACCCUGGAACUCUGUCACUUUUGUUGCCAGCCAGGCUUCAACAGAUGAUGGAUUCCUCUGCGAUGGCACUUCUGUUGUCAUUGGCACUGAGUUUGACCACGAGAACAAGAUUACCAAGUCUCGGGACAUUACAGCAGAGGCAGUUCAGCGCUGUCAAGUCAAGACGUUCCGGUCCAAGUACACCGGCGAAGUCGCCAAGGAUGAAGUCCUGGCCUUUAGGAUCGCCAACAUGCUCGGCAUCAAGGGCUCUUGGACGAUCGACAUGUCCUAUAGCCUGGCUAUAGAACUCACCAACGGGACCACGGUCGGUUUCGACGUUCGUACGCUGCAGCAUGCCAUUUUUGCAAGAAGCAGGCCAGACAACUUCUUCUCCGCAGAGGUUGACCGGCCGGUGCCUGGUGUGAGCACCACGGAGAGCGCUUCACUCACGACUCUGACCCCGACCCUAAGCACGACCACAUAUGUGUCGACAGAGGCAACGACGGAUGCCACGACUACCAGCUUUGAAACCACUGAGACACCUACUCGACCUGCAAACACUACCUUUUCGACGUCGUCCGAGACAACUUCGGAGACUUCUAGUUUCGUUCUGCCGACUACCACUGAGGAAUCCUCUGUUACAUCCUCAGACACCACCUUUGCCUUGACUACUGGCUCUUCUACUGGCUCUUCUACUGUUCCUCCUUCCAACGAGACAACUACCACGUCAACUAUAGAUUACACUAGUUCUGUGUCGAGUCUCGAGAGCUCUGAAACCGACAUUUCCACCUCUGUCUCUGAGUCAACAUACACUUAUCCCACGACUACCGAGUCAGACCCGGCCAGUACCACUACCGACUCUGUGUCAACUCUUGAGACCUCCCAAUCUGAGGUUCCCACCUCCGAAUCAACAAACGCCUACACCACCACUACUCCAUCUGUUUCCGAUGUUAGUAGCUCUGCGUCAAGUCUCGAGAGCUCUCAGGCUGGCAUUUCCACCGAGUCAGAGCACACCUAUCCUGUGCCCUCCUCGCCGAGCCAGAGUUCAGAAGGCACACCAGACUCCUCUUCGACUUCCAGCACACACGGUGAAGCCCCAGGGUACACCUCUCUUCCCUCCCAUGCAACAUCAUCCAGGCCCGGUGUCGUGACUGAGACACACGCUGUGACGGUGAUUACAUCUGUCUGCUCCGAUCCUAGUUGGACAGCGCCGGUAACGGUGACAUACACUGUGCCAUGCGUGACCAGCGGCGUCGAAAGCGUCACGACUGUCACAUCAGUGUGCAAGAAGUGCGCGGAACAUCCGGUUACGAUCACGUAUACACAACCGGUCCAAGUCACACACUCGACCUUGUACGCUCACUCGACCUUGGAUGUUCACCCAACUUCGGAUGGUCCUUUUACCAAGAGCGCUGCGCUGCACUCUGCCUCUCAGAUCCAGUAUCAGGGAUCCUCCGUCACCAUCCCUGGCCCCAGACAGUCCCAGCCAGCUGCUGGAGCCGAUGGAAAGGGACACUCUGGAUCUACAGCUCCCUCGAACGUCGACGCCCCCGUGGUUUCCGCCCAGUUUUCCACCCAGGUUCGCGAAGUUCCAACCACUACACCAGAUUCAGAGGGCGACCACGCUGCUGGAAACGGAGAGCAUGGUGGUUCCGGUGAUGCCCAGGGCAGUGGCCAAGCAGGUAACCAAGCGCCAGCAGCGACAAGCAGCACUACGACGCUUUCGGAGGCUACGGCGCUUUCUGAGGCAGCGACUGAGCCUCCCACAUCCGCUCCGACCAUGGUAGUUGUGGAGGGAAGAGGCCUUCGUCUAGGCAUUGAUGGAUGGAAGAUCGCUCUUGGAGCCUUCUCACUUGCUUUCAUGUUGACUUUUUAG